CAGUCAACCAAAGACCAAGGGCGAUGUACCAGACGUCUUCAAAGACGAUGACCUGUCCUUUUUGUCGUACCACGAAUCGGACUGGACAUCAGGUAGUAAGCGAGUUGAAUUUGGGGGAGGGAAACUGGUGGUACGCUGGCUUGCGGAACUAAACUCUAUCGUCAUCACCUCGACUUGGGUCACAUUUCACGAAGACUACUGCCGCAUCGUCGAACCCAUGCUACCAAGAUUACAUCCGCAAGCUUCACAACUCUUCGCCAAAAUCACACCCGAUUCAUUUCAUGCCAGGUGGUAUGGAAGCCAUGAUUACGAAACCGAUCCUACGUUGUCUGUCAACGAACUAGAAGCUUUCAUCAACAUAUACCAGCAAUUCCGUCUAGUCAGAGCAGAAACGCUAGCAGCAGAACUCUACCGCCUGGCUGAUAUCUACGAAACCCAUCCCACCCGUCUGAAGCAGCCGUUUGAUACGAGGAUCCAGGUACCGAACGCAUUUAAUGCGCAACACGUUCCCACUCAAAUGCGGCACGAGGCCCGGAAGAGGGUUAGACGGGCGAAGAACGCUCGCAGCAACAGCAGGGAGGUAAAACCCUUCCGCUUCACGUACCCUCCACUUGUGCCGUAUGAGAGCCAAUUACAGUCAUUUUGUGAUGGUCUUGAAGAUAUCGCGAAUAAACAGGGGAUAGAUGGGGAGCGAUCUGCACCGGUGGAGAUCGUGGAGAAGUGCCAAGCUGUUGUGCAGAACGCACCAGAUUGGGCUCACUCCGAACAUCCGUAUACGUGCCUCGGGGUUUCAAUCAGCAGGCUUGCCCGUUCUUCCGCGCGGAGACGCAGAGGUGGGGUGGCUGGGAGAUUUCGCAGAGGCAACAGCAUGGCUGGAAGAAUGGUCUCGCCGCGGUCUCGAACACGUUGGUUAAUGGUUAAUUUCAGUGUUGUUAUCCUCGGAUAUACGUGAGUAAUCUACUUUUACAAUAUAUCAAGAGCAGUAGA